CACCAUAGAAGAAGGGAAUGCGGAAGAGGAUGUUAAACAUGAUAAGACAAACGCGUGUGAGUGUGAGCUGGCUGUCAUCGAGAAAGUUCCUGCAGGUUUGGACCGCUGAGGGAGAAGCGAAGGCGCAUGUGAACCGUUUUAUCUAACCGAGAGAGAGGAGACACACCCGGCCUUUAAAAUGUCUGUGAUUUCCGAGGAGAAUGUGCGCGGCGGGAACGUUUUCAAGGAGAUCGGCGCAGACGACGGAGACUGGGAGCCCACUGAGAUCGAGAGCCUGUGUAUGAACUGCUACCAGAACGGCACGACGCGUCUGCUUCUCACCAAGAUACCCUUCUUUAAGGAGAUCAUCGUCAGCUCAUUCAGCUGCCCAAACUGCAGCUGGUCAAACACCGAGAUCCAGUCCGCAGGCCGGAUCCAGGACCAGGGCGUCUGUUACACACUCAAAGUGAAAACUAAACAGGACUUGAACCGCGAGGUUGUGAAAUCAGACAGUGCGACCACCAGGAUCCCUGAGCUGGACUUUGAAAUCCCUCCCUUCACCCAGAAAGGUGCACUGUCUACCAUCGAGGGGCUUUUAGACCGAGCGGUUGCAGGGCUGGAGCAAGACCAAACCCUGAGGCGGGCCAGCCACCCCGAGGUGGCUGAGAAAAUAGAUGACUUCAUCCAGAAGCUGAAGACGUUAAAAGAGGUUGAAAAUGAGUUCACUGUGGUGAUCGAGGAUCCAUCCGGCAACAGUUUUGUGGAGAAUCCAAACGCCCCUCAGAAAGAUGAGGCUCUCAUGGUGUCCAGGUUCAAGCGGACGGUCCAGCAGGACAUCCAGCUGGGGUUGAGGGCUGACGACGACGAAGGCUUGGAGGAAGAACCGGCCGCCAACGACCUGGACGCCAUGAGAAAUGAGGUGUUGGUCUUCAACACCAACUGCCCAGAGUGCAACGCGCCGGCCUCGACCAACAUGAAGCUGGUCCAGAUCCCUCACUUCAAGGAGGUCAUCAUCAUGGCCACGAACUGCGACAGCUGUGGCCACCGGACCAACGAGGUGAAGUCGGGUGGAGCCACAGAGGAGCAGGGCACCAAAAUCACCCUGCACAUCACCGACCCUUCAGACAUGACCCGAGACGUGCUCAAGUCAGAGACGUGCUCGAUCCUCAUCCCCGAGCUGGAGUUCGAGCUGGGGAUGGCAGCCGUGGGCGGGAAGUUCACCACCCUGGAGGGGCUGCUGAAAGACAUCAAAGACCUGAUCGUCUCCAAAAACCCCUUCAUGUGCGGCGACAGCAGCACCACAGACCGGGUGCAGAAGCUGAGCGACUUUGGGGAGAAGAUAGACAAGAUCAUAGCCGGAGAAAUGGAUGUCCACUUCGUCCUGGACGACCUGGCUGGGAACAGCUAUUUGCAGAACGUGUACGCCCCGGAGCCAGAUCCUGAGAUGACUGUUGAGAAGUACACCCGCUCCUUCGAGCAGAAUGAAGAGCUCGGCCUGAACGACAUGAAGACUGAAGAAUAUCAAGAGGAAAAGAAAGAACUGCCAGCAGCAGCUGAAAGGACUGAAUGAGCCGAUCGUUUAUCAUGCUUUGUCAAAAUCCCAGUGUAAUUAUAUCGCUCCAUAUUUUCAUACAUUUUAAGUUAAAAGAAACUGAGUGAAUGGUUGUUUCCAUCAGUAAGUUAAGCAUUGGGAAGAAUUCUAAGUUGUCUAAAUGUACAUUGAAAAUAGAUUGAAGACAUUGAUUUGUACACCUAAUGGAUGCUUCUGUUAUUAAAGAGAAAUCCUUUAACUCAUCGUUUAUUGCAUUCUUGUGACACCCCAGAAGAUGGCGCUCUGUUAUCUCUGAUUAAAGGGAUGUUUUUCUCUGA